AUGGCCUUCCAAACGAAGGCGGUGUGCAUAGUCUUUAUUAUAUCAUUCCUAGUUAACGUUAAUGGAUAUGAGAAAACUUUAAGGAAAAUCGUUCGCAGCCAAUCCAAAAUGGUCCAAACUCCAUUCAGCGAGAACCGUCAGAGUAUUUGGAAAAACAACUCUCAAAAGCAAGCUAUAUUAUUCCCGGAUUUCACCGACAUGAGAAACGUGGUACAUAAAGUGCCUCGGCCGCAAUUGACAACCAUUCUGACCUCCAAAGAAUCGAGUCGAGGGAAACAGCCAUUAAAGAUAAAAGACAAUAAUGAACUCAGGUUGACCAGGACUAUUAUUCAAAAUUCAAGUAUUCCAGAAAUUUGGAACGGUUCAACUAUAUUUGACGCGACCAUGACAAAAAUAAACGAUUCCUCUGAAGAGAUGUCGCAGUCUUUCAGCGAUUCCCUGCCCCCAGCGCAACAGUACUUCCCACACCUUUUUGACCGUCCCAUGUCUUUUGGUCAAGGAAACAUGAGCAAAGAACAGUCAAUAAUAAUACCGGCAGACCCGAGCAAUAUUCCUCACAAUACGAGUCAAAUAAAAAACAUUAUCGCGUCAUAUCCCAAUUUUCAACCAGUAGCGUCUGUGCCGCCUCAGAAAACAAAUACGGACCAGGAUAGUCACCAAGAUUUGAGAGAAAAGGCGGAUUUUUUCAUAGAAGAAAUGUCGGCUGAUAGGUCGUCUAUAUACAGUUACAACAUUUCUGACCUGUCCCAAACUUGUACCAAACUAACUGAAGGUAAAGCUGAUAUUGAUUUGCAGGAGACAUUUAUGUCUAUGGACAUUGAACCUAAUUGGACACCCAGGAAACAUUUUUGGAACAGCAUAUUUGAUAGUCGAUACGAGUCUCUGAUGAGGAGUCCCAAAUGGCCGCCACUGAGGGUAAUCCUAGUACCUCGCACUCAUGUAGAUUCCAUUUGGAAGCGGACUUUCGAAGAUUACCACAAUGAGACGGUCAGUAGGAUUUUAAGCAACGUGGUCAAGAAACUCAACUUCUACCCCAACUUUACCUUCACGUGGAACGAGGUUUCUCAUUUAAGUCAUUGGUGGAAAAGUGCACCUCACAGGAGUCGAGUGGCGUUCCGGAGACUGCUGAAGUCAGGUCGACUUGAAAUCACCACCGGCGGAUGGGUGGAAACUGAUGAGGCGACUACUAACAUUUUCGGAUUAACACAUCUGUUCAUAGAAGGUCAUCAGUGGUUAAAAAAUCAUUUAAAUUACUCUCCAAAGGUGGCAUGGCUUACAAACAGCGUCACCCACAGCCCAACAAUGGCCUACUUACUUUCAAUAUGCGACAUCACAAAACUAGUGAUCACAAAUGUGCAUUUCUCCUGGGAACAAUAUCUUUCUGAAUACCAGUUCAGCGAUUUCGUGUGGCUACAGGAAUGGGAUCACGAUCGAACUGGUUCAACUGAUCUCAACGAAAAAUUCAAGCAAAUUGGCAGCGAGCGUUUCCCUAAAAAUUCUGUGCUAACACACUACUUGCAAUUUAAUUCUGCAGGAUUCAGGGCAUGUGGUCCUAACAAGUACGUGUGCAUUAAUGAAUUCAAUUUCGCUAAUACAGAUAAAAACUUAAACAUACAUCCUUACAAUCUCAAAGAAAAAUCGGAGUUACUUCUCGAGCAAUAUUCUAAAACGGGAACUAUUACGCCGCAUAAUGUUGUCAUCGCCCCAAUCGGAGGUCCAUUUCGAUACGAAUCUCAAACUGAAUUUGAUUAUCAAUUCAGCAAUUAUCAGAAAAUCCUCGAAUUUAUAAAUGUUAACAGCGCCAUAUACAAGGCCAGAUUAGACUUCGGAACUCCUAAGGAUUAUUUUAACACUAUUUUACAAAAUUAUCCGAAAAUUCAGUCGUUGAAAGGAGACUUUCUUAAUUUUGCCGACGUAAUAUCAGGUCGGCCAGCUUACUGGACUGGAUAUUUCACAUCACGGCCGUUGCUCAAAAUUCUUAUGAGACGUCUUCAAUCCACUCUACGAUCGACAGAAAUCUUAUUUACUUUCGCAAUGAGUAUUAAUGCUUUUCACGGUUAUAAUACCACCGAUUUAUUCAAUCUCCUAAUAAAAUCUAGGGAAAACCUUGCACGAUUACUAGAUCGCAAUGUAGUGAGCGGCACUUUAAGCGCUAAUGUGCUGCGUUAUGUGAAUAAAUUAAUUGUUUCAACUGUCAAGGACUGCUGGUUCAUCCAAGAGACGGCUGCUAGCUUGAUAACAAGCAAACCAGAUCACGACGCGCCUUAUCUUCAAAAAUAUGUGUACAGAGACGGAGAAUUUGUAUCCGUAUUUAAAACUGUGGCUGCAGGCGAUCAAAUCUACAUAUUUAAUUCAUUGAGUAACGAAAGAACGGAAGUUGUUGAACUCAUAACUAGAAAUCCUAAACUAAGAAUUACAGACCAUACCAAAAAAGACGUGACAGUUCAAAUAAACCCUAUUUGGGAAUAUAUUUCUGAUCAUGCGAUUAAAAUAUCGCGAAGAUUUUAUAAGAUCAUAUUUGUUGUAACAUUACCUCCAAUGACAUUAGCGCUUUACAAAAUUAAGGAAACGUAUGACACAUCACAUAACGCUGCUACGAUUUAUUGCUCAAUGUGUGUUGUUGACACUAUAACAGAUCAUAAUUCACUAUUUGCAUUUAACAUCGAACAAGUUGUUCCUGGUGACAUACAACUUGAAAGUUAUAGGUAUAGACUCGUAAUUGAUGAAAUUACUGGAUUUCUUAAAUAUGUAAAUGAAAAAGAAACAAAUAAGGAGAAACUUGUUGUUAUUGACUACGGAUCAUUUAAAAGCUCUGACCGUAAUGCUGGUAUGUUUUUAUUUAACCCAAACACUACAAAACCUUUGCACGAUAUCUUAUCACCUUACAGACUGGGCACUAAAUCGAAACACAUGAUUAUAAUUGCUGGUUUGAUCACAACCGAAUUGACUACAAUUUACGGGCGAUUACUUCAACAUACACUGAAGUUAUUUAAUCUUAUUAAUGGACCAUUAUCACGGGCGAUAUGGCUAGAAAGCAAAGUGGACUACGAUACUUCUCCGAAAUAUAGGGAUUUGGAAAUGUUUAUGUCUAUACAAACUGACAUUGGUAAUGGGAACAAUCCUGAAAUAUACAUCGACAACAACGGCUUUCAAUACACGCAGCACACAUUAAAUUUAAGCAGACGUGUCGAGUCUAAUGUGUAUCCUGUAACAAGUAUGGUCUUCAUACAAGAUAGCAGAAGUCGGAUGAGUUAUAUAACCGACCACGCGCAGGGAGUAACUGCGUUACAAGAAGGUCAAUUAAUAAUCAUGCUAGACAGAAGGAUCCUUUACAACGACGGGCGUGGGACGAACGAAGGGCUCGCGGAUAGCAGUAGAACUUGCCACCAUCAGCUCUUGUUGCUCGAAAACUUUACAGACCGCAGAAGGAUCAACCAUUUUUCGUACGAAAAUAUUCUUCAUAUGCCGAGCUCCACGGCCAUGAUCUUAGCUAAAUCUCUGAAUUAUCUCAUCGAUGUAUUUAUUGUGGAUAGGAAACAAUCUAGUUUGUCGUAUUUUACAUUUCUGCCACUAAUUAAAGCGCCGUUUCCUUGCGACGUUUCUGUACUUAAUUAUAGGAUGGUGAUAACAAAAGGUCCGUCAUUUUAUCGCACUCCAAAUACUGCGUUGAUGAUAUUGCAUAAGCAACUAGCAUCUUGUGACAUACACAAUGACUUUGUAUGCGGAGGUGAUAAUACAUUUUCGUUGGACAAAAUAUUGCGUAGUAUUCGUGGCGUGUAUCGAACUAAUUUAGUGGGAACUAGUGAGGACUCCCCUAUGCCAGUGUGCAACCAAAUUAAUUUCCCGCCAAUGGAGCUAAUCACGGUUAAGGUAUACUUUUAGCAUUAGUAAACGAAAUGGAAUUAAUUUAAUUUGAAUUGAAGGCAAAACUCAUGUCCACCUAUAAAGGUGUCAUGUCAGAAAUUAUUUUUUGAGGACAUUUUACAGAUAAUUAUACGAUUUCAUAAGAGAAGGUAGGAAUUUUGACGUAGGCUUUAAUCGAAGUUAAUAUAUAUUUUUGUAAAUAACGUUUUGUAAU